UUUAAAAAAAAGUUUGUUUACACAAUAUCGUAAUCUUUUUAACAAAAAAUUUUGUUGUUAUAACAUUACAAUGUUAUUUUGCAAUAAACAAUAUUAUGGUUUUAUAAAUAAGAUGACAUAUUUUUAAAAUUUUUUGUCGUAAACUAAUUACUAUGCAAGUAAAGUGAACAAUACAUUUUCAAACAACGUGUGACUGUUUGCACUCUUUGUACUCUCAUCGAGUUGAUUUCGUUAAAUAUACCCAUAAUGUCAGAAAAAAAAGCCAAAAAUAAUGCAGACUGGAAAAAACGAGUUAAGGCUGAAUACUUUAGAUUACUACAGGCUAAAAAAGCGAAAAAAGACGACGAUAAUAUAUUGGCUUGUAUUAACAAUCAGAAAAAAUUAUGUGAUAAAAAAGCAAACGAGCUCAAACGUUUACAAUCUAGAAAGGCUAUUUGGGAAUGUCGACCAUAUACCGAAACUGUAUCUAGAGCUAAGCGUUCCGAAGUGUCUAAAAUAGAUGGUGCCGGUGAAGACAGUAUGAGUGUACCAAUCAAAAUAAUCAAUGCUGUAGCACCUAUACCAACUAUGUACAUCUGGGCUCCAAUUCAAUCAAAUUUUAUGGUCGAGGAUGAGACGGUGUUGCAUAAUAUUCCAUACAUGGGCGAUGAGGUAUUAGAUCAAGAUGGUUCGUUUAUUGAAGAACUGUUAAAAAAUUAUGACAAUAAAGUCCACGACGAUGACGCAUCAAAUUUUCUCGACGACCAAGUUUUUGUUGAUUUAGUACAUGCACUCAUACCAUUUCAGCAAGAAGAAGACAAAGAUCAAGCAUCUCAAUCUCCAAAGCCUGUUGUUAAAAAUGGAAAAGAAGAGCGACCAUUUCCAAGUAUGGCAAUAUUUGAAGCUAUGUCGGCUGCGUUUCCUGAUAAAGGGUCUCCUGAAGAUUUUAAAGAAAAAUAUGUUGAAUUGACUUCAUGUACUGAUCCUAAUAAUGCUCAACCUUCUCAAUGCACCCCAAAUAUAGAUGGCCCAACAGCAGAAUCGGUUCCAAAAGAACAAACUAUACAUUCAUUUUUUAAUCUUUUUUGUCGGCGUUGUUAUAAAUAUGAUUGCGUUUUACAUAAACUUAAAGAGCAUGAUUCUGGAACUAAUUUACCUAUAGGAUUGAAAGGGCCGUUGCUGAAACCAUUUUCAAGUCAUUGUAGUCCUGAUUGCUAUAUGUUGCUAGACGGGAUGAAAGAAAAAUUAGCGGCUAUUGCAGAAAUCAAAGCAGAAAAACAAAAACAAGCCGACAGAGACGAGGAGAGUUGUAGGGAAGUCCAAAGGUCAGUGCCUACGUCCAACUCUAAUAAUGUUCCAGAAAUAUCACUGCAAAAUGAAGUUUGUGAUAAGCCUGCAAUUUCUGUUAAGUUAUCAAAGAAAGACAGUUCAGAUUGGGGUAAUGAUGCGAGUUCCGAAGACAGUAGAGAUAGCAGUAAAGAUGGUGAAGUAGAUAUGGAAGAUCCAUUUUCAACAAAAACAUCUUUCUCUUUAUUGCCGCGGAUGAGGACCGAAGAUAAGCAAGUGUGGACUGGAUCUGAUCAAUCGAUAUUUCGCGCACUACGUCGUACUUUUCUAAAUAAUUAUUGUGCCAUUGCUCAGAUGAUGUUGACAAAAACUUGUCAACAAGUGUACGAGUUUGCUCAAAAUGAAAAUGAUGAUGUUACUGUAGAAGAAGCAAUUAGUGAAUUAACACCUCCUAGAAAAAAAAAGAAGAAACUGCGUUUGUGGCAAACGCAUUGUCGUAAAGUUCAAUUAAAGCGAGAUUCUGCGUCUAACCACCUUUAUAACUACACUCCGUGUUCUCAUCCACCUAAUCAAGGAUGCGAUUCUUCGUGUCCUUGUGUAUUGGCACAAAAUUUCUGUGAAAAAUUUUGUAAAUGUAGUUCAGAUUGUCAGAAUAGAUUCCCUGGAUGUCGCUGUCGUGCCCAGUGUAACACAAAACAAUGUCCUUGUUAUUUGGCUGUCCGUGAAUGUGAUCCAGAUUUAUGUCUCACUUGUGGUGCCGAUCAAUUUGAUAUAGACCACAUAACAUGUAAAAAUGUCAGCGUUCAAAGAGGCUUACGUAAACACUUGUUGAUGGCUCCUUCUGAUGUCGCUGGAUGGGGUAUAUUUUUAAAGGAUUCAGCUCAGAAAAAUGAAUUUAUAUCAGAAUAUUGUGGAGAAAUAAUUACUCAAGACGAAGCAGAUAGACGUGGAAAAGUUUAUGAUAAAUAUAUGUGCAGUUUCUUAUUCAAUUUAAAUCAUGAUUACGUGGUAGAUGCUACACGGAAAGGUAAUAAAAUAAGAUUUGCUAAUCAUUCGAUAAAUCCAAAUUGUUAUGCAAAAGUUAUGAUGGUAAAUGGCGACCAUCGUAUUGGUAUCUUCGCAAAACGUGCCAUACAACCCGGUGAAGAACUGUUCUUUGAUUAUAGAUACGGACCAACUGAACAAUUGAAAUUUGUCGGAAUCGAAAGAGAAAUGGAAUUUUUACCUUAGUGAUAAUUUAAUUAAUUUCAUUACUUUAUUCAUCACAUUGUUGGUUAUUAGUUUUUAGCAAUAAUUAUCUGUCAUGUUUGAUUUAUAUGAAAUUUUUCAAGCCAUGAUAAUCUGACGACUGGCUUAGAAAAAUAAUUAAGCCAAAAUGCAUUUCUAUUGCAUCACAUUAAUUUGGUGUGUAAAGUAUAAUUUUUCAGAAUAUUGUGUUAUAGUUAGCCAAGAGUUGAUCUAUUUUAAAUAUGUGUGUAUAUUUCGUGUUGGUGACAUAAUCAAUAAUUAGUUAUUACUGUUUUUAUUAUAUUUUUUAUUUCCUAACUUAUUUUCAUUAUUGUUGACUAAAUUAACUCAGUUUUUAAAAAUUCAAUCUUUAGUUCAAGCCUUUUAAAAUCUCAAAAAAAUUAUUUUGUGUGAUACAUACAGCAUACCAACUACAUAUCAAGACUUCAUCUAUAGUUUAUUAAAAAAUACAUUUU